AUGCCCUCGUUCCUUCACGACGACGAUAACUCGCCCAUCUUCUCCGCUGAAGCUGACAUCCUCAAUCUCGACCCCGCCAAUCAAUUCGGCCUUGCUGCCAGCAAGAAGAAGACAAAUGGGGAACCUUUAAGCCACACACAUCCCGAACUGGUCAAAGAACGCUUCGACGAGAGCUCCACCUCUUCUACUCACGGCUCGGAUAUAUCCGACUUGAACCACAUGCCAGUGAAUGGGAACAUCACCAGGCCCACGAGCAUGAACUCAUUGGAAAACGGUACUAAUGGUGCUAUCGAUGAUGACCCACUGGAUCAAUCUACGCUCAAAGCCUUCCCUCCUGCCCCGAUCACGCUUCCGCAUCGUACAGCUACCCAGACUCCCGCUCCUGACGUCAAGGGGACUUUUCACUCAACAACGAACCAGACCGACCACGACCAUGCGGCGCCCGGUUCCGCUGUGCUUGAUUCAAACCGCUGUCUGGAUUCUUCCAACGUUUUGCCAUGGACAAGUUCCAAUGGCAAGACUGCUUCUGGCGGCCUGGCAUCGAGGCUCGACAGAGAGCUUGUUGAACUCGGGGACGCUGCCGGCCAGCAUCCAUCUCUUGCACAAUCAAUGCUAGCCUCGGAUCCCGGUCUGCAGCCGUCUUCACAUCAAAGAUUCUCGUCCCCCCCCACCUAUCAUGACGGUACGACUUUGAAUACCUCGCCGUCUGGACACCUCCAGCCUCCAACCCCAUUCCCAACCCUCAAACAACGACAUACGCUCGAGGUUUCGAGGCCCCUGGGCAGAGGCUCCAAAGACGGCGUUGACGCAGCCCAAGCCAGCGGGAGAUUCUCGCCAACGGGGGCAACCGCCGGACAUCGUCGGGCUUCCCUGACUUUGGCUCGGAGGAACACUCGGUCGAUACAAUCCGACGCAUUUCGUGAUGGGGCUCUGCCAGAUGAGGAUGCAAUACGCUGGACCGAGGCUUACAGGCAGAAGCGAGCAAACAAAAGAAGGAGAAAGGAAGAAGAAGAUGACGAUCGCGUCCUGGUUGGCACGAAAGUCGACGAGAGCCAUGCCAACUGGGUCACGGCAUAUAACAUGCUGACCGGGAUCCGGGUGUCUGUCUCAAGAACCAACGCCAAGCUCGAUCGAGAACUCACGGAUGCAGAUUUUGAGGCCAAGCAAAAGUCAACGUUUGAUAUCACCGGCAACGAACUUGUCCCUUCGGCCAAAUACGAUUUCAAGUUCAAAGACUACGCCCCUUGGGUGUUCCGACGCUUGCGAAGUCUCUUUCGACUCGACCCUGCCGACUAUCUCAUGUCUUUGACUGGAAAGUACAUCCUUUCGGAGCUGGGCUCGCCUGGCAAAAGCGGAAGCUUCUUUUAUUUUUCCAGAGAUUACAAGUAUAUUAUAAAGACAAUACACCACGCUGAGCACAAGUUUCUUAGAAAGAUCCUGAAGGAUUACUACAACCACGUUCAGCAAAAUCCCAACACGCUUCUCUCGCAGUUUUAUGGCCUGCAUCGGGUCAAGAUGCCGUACGGCAAGAAGAUUCACUUUGUCGUCAUGAACAAUCUAUUUCCACCACAUCGAGAUAUCCAUACCACAUUCGACUUGAAGGGUUCAACCGUCGGUAGAGAUUACAAGGAAGAUGAUUUGGAAAGGAACUCUCGUGCAACACUGAAAGAUCUGAACUGGCUGAGGCGGCAACAACACCUGGAGCUUGGCGUCCAGAAAAAGCGCUUGUUCCUAGAGCAGCUGCGAAAAGACGUUGUGCUUCUCAAACGAUUGCAGAUUAUGGAUUACUCUCUGCUCAUUGGUAUCCAUGACCUCUCACGCGGGAACGAGGAAAACCUUCGGGACAAGACAUUACAGGUUUUCAACCCUGGCGGCGAAAAGUCGAGCAUAGAUGAGGCGCAAUCGGUUCUCUUGAGAACCCCUUCCAAGCUGGAGAAUGUGCGAAAGGCUCGAGAACUGAGAGAGAAGAUCCGACAGGAGCGGCCUGUGCCCAUGGGUCAAGCUUCAGACAAGAUGCCCGAUCAGCUGGGGGAAACGCAUGCCCGUCCUGGGUUUGUCUUCAACCAGGAUGAUGGAGGAUUCCAAGCUACACAUGAAGAUAAUUCACCGGCUGAGGAAGUGUACUAUCUUGGUGUCAUUGACUGCCUAACGCACUAUGGAAUGAUCAAAAAAAUCGAACAUUUCUGGAAGGGCCUGUCACACGACAGGACGCAGAUAUCUGCGCUUCCACCAGAACAGUACGGCGACAGGUUUUAUAAUUUUGUCCAAGGAAUCACCAUGUCUGCUGAAGAGGCUCGUAGGGAAGCAUGGAAAAGGGAGGAAGAAGCAACCGAGGGCAAGGCUUCGACGGAUAAAUCGGCGUCGGCUAAGCGAGCGUCGACACAUGGACACAGCAGCGCGAUCCCUUCCAUGCCGGAUCACUUGCCCCCUGCUGCUCCUGGGGACGUGCUGUCUCCGGAAGCGAAACAGACGAUGGAGAAGGCGCUUGCAGAAUCUCGACGGGCAGAGUCUAAGGGAGCGUCCGAGUCUGCGGUCCCCGAUCGGGUGCUGACAACAACAACAAACUCGCCAGACAAACGAGAAUCAUUCCAGCGCGAAGCAAUUCUGCCCGUUGUUGAAGAAGCAGCAGAGGGCAGCCGGAGUGAAGGGUCAUCUUUUUGGGGUGCGCUAAGAAAGCCGGGGAACGGGAAAGCUGCAGCUCACCCAACGGCAGGACAACCACCUCCGACGCCUCCCAAGGACGUCCCGCCUCCUCCCCCGUUGAAAGAAGAUGGUGUUGAGAAUGGCCACGUCCUGCGACGCUGCUCGAGCAAAGAAAGCAUGAAUAAAAGGCUGCCGCCGCUACCAAAAGAAGGGAGGGCGCGAGACAGUGGCGUGCGCAUGGUCUAG